AUGCUGUCUUUGAAACUCAUCGUUCUUAGCUGCCUGGCGGGACUUGCCUGUGCCGCCUACCGACCAUUUUUUGGCCAGGCCAAAUCUCUUGCGGAUUUCCUCAAGUUCAAUCGCAUUAUAGGCGGUCAAGAUGCCCUAAAAGGUGAAUUUCCGCAUCAGGUCAGUCUGCAAUGGGGCUAUCCCCCCUUUGUUGCCUAUAGUCACUUGUGCGGUGGUUCCAUCAUCGAUGAGAGCUGGAUCUUGACUGCUGCCCACUGCGUGAACACUUUGCCAAGGUCUGGGGAAUUCGUAGUCAGAGCAGGCAAGCACUUCAUCAAGAGCAACGAAGCCACCGAACAAAUUUCGCUGACCACAGAAGUUUUCAUUCAUAAAAAUUAUCGUGGUGAGGUUUCACCUUUCGAUAUCGCUCUAAUCAAACUAGCAACUCCUUUAGUAUUCAACGACUACGUCAGUGCAAUCGAUCUGCCACAACCGAAUGUUGUACCGCAAGGUAAAGUCAUUUUAUCUGGCUGGGGUUCCAUAUCGAAAACUAGACAGGCAAUAUUACCAAACGUACUACAAAAAGUUACGCUACCUCUCAUCGAUAUUGGCAAGUGCAGAAGAGCUUUGAGAAUGCUCGGGGAACGUGGAGAAGUACACGAAACUAAUAUUUGCACUGGACCUUUGACCGGUGGUUUAACUGCAUGCAGCGGCGAUUCUGGUGGUCCUCUGAUUUCAAGGAACGAAAACGGAACAACAGAAAUUGUCGGCAUUGUUUCGUGGGGUAUCGUACCUUGUGGUGGUGUCGGAGCUCCUGCAGUAUUCGUUAGAGUCUCGGCAUUCAUCGAUUGGAUCAAUUCUAUAAUUACAACUUAUUGA